UCCUGACCUUGUCCUGACCUUCCUGGGUGACCAGGGCUCCGAGCCGACCUCUGACCUCAUCACCCCCGGCCUCCCUCAGGGUGUGACAGCGGUGGACAUGAACGGGGCCUCAGAGGACAGCGACUACCGCCCAAACCUGGUGGAUCUGGACGGAGAGGAGGUGCUACAUAGCCCGCGGGUCGACCCACUGGCGGGGCUGGGGGAGGGGAACCAGUUCUCUGGACAGAAGAGUAUCGUGGACGUGGUGGAGAAAGUGCCCGCAAAACAUCCCUGUGCCAAAUUUCAAAGGUGGGCCCUAAAGCAGGAGGACCUGGCGAACAUGGGACAGUGGAAGAAAUCCAAAAUCUCCAACCCUGAGUGGAACAAGCUGGCUUACUCCUGGCCAGUCACAGAGGACGGGGUCUGGAACAAGGAAUUUAAGUGGCCCCUGGAAGGUUUUCUCAUUCCCAUGGCCCCCCCUCUGAGGAAGUCUAAAAAGAAGAAUCCAAAUGGAGUUGUUCCCCUGAGGUUAAAGGUGGUGAGAAAUGGAGACAAGAAUCCCAAGAACUCAGUCGUGAUUGUGGGGCCAGACCUGACCAAUAUGAUGCGUGACAUGAACAAGACUGCUCUGAAUGGGAAGAAAGCGCUCCACCACAAGCGGCGCUCCUCCGCCACCCUACAUGUGGAUGACCUGUCAGAGGACAUGGCCGACGCCCUCCACUGUGAUAACAUGCCCAGAUUCAGGGAGCUGGAGAUGCAGCUGUUUCUGGAGAGAUGUACCACACUGAUGGACCUGCCCUUUGCGGCGCGGCGGCUGUUUGAUGACAACGGGAGAGAACACAGCACGCUGACAGACCUGAAGCGGGACCAGGUCGUGUUUGUGUCAUGCGGAGAGGCGUGGGUCGACCCAAAACUGACGGAGAGCGAACGACAGAGGAGAACACUGCUGGCCAAUCUGGCAUCAGACGUGGCACAGAUCAGGCACUAUGUGACACUCAGGAACCCAGAAGAACUAGUGAUGAUGGUGCCCGGCCCCCUCCAGCCCGGCUCCCCUGUGCUGGUGGAGAAGUGCACCCUGAGCCCAGAGCAGCAGGAGGUGAUCGCGCAGGCGGAGCUGAACGGGGACAGUGGGGAGCAUGGGGAGGAGAAACCUCACACCCUGGAGGAUAUCCUGGGGGAGAUCGGGUCAGCCCAUGAGAGAUCCCACCAGCGAUCGGAGGAGAGGCUGGCGUCCCGUAAGCGCCCCUGGGAGCAGGGCUUCACCAGCAAGUAUGAUGAGAUCAUCGAGCUGGGAACAGAGGAAGAACCUCAGUACAGCGAUAUGGCUCUGUACAGCAAGUUCAGACCGAAGACCCGUUCCCCCCGGAGAAGUUCCCCCCUGAGUGCCCAGCGGUUCCUGGUGCAGGACGGGUGGGUGGAGCUGGCAGACUGCCCCGGGCUGGUGCUGGGGGUGGCCGAGCAGGACGUGACCGGGACAGCCGUCUCCGUGGUGAUCGUCAGGAAACGGGAUGACGACAUCAACCAGAGGUGGACGCUCAACAAGGAUGGUUCCAUCAACAUCAAGAGCAACUACAGCCUAGUGCUGGGAGUGGCCCUGCCUCCCCUCCCCCCUGGGGAGGAUUCCCCACCCCCAGGGUAUGCAGGUGUGCCCAUCUCCUUGCAGCCCCGCAGGGUGGCGUCCCUCGGGGCAGCAAACCAGCGCUGGCUGUGGGACCCUGUCACUGGAUUCAUCAAGGCUUUCGCUACUGAUGUAACUGAUAAAGAAAUUACAGCAGCAAAUAAGGCAGGGGUGUGUACAUAUGCGGUUACUGGUGCUCAAGAACUGGAACAACCUGGUUACACAUGGGCGAUGCCCACAGCCAAGGGGAGCCAGCAGGCCAUGGUGUGUGUGGCCUGUGCUCGUGCAAUGCGCGGAAACUUCCGCCUGACCAAGCUGAACGUCAGCAUUCCGUUUUCCUGUGCCAUGGGAACUACAAUAAAACAAAAAGGACAGAAGUUUGGUGGCUGCUUCCACUGUCUAAACGGAAAGGUGGACCUGUCCACUUACGAAGCCGAGAAGGCGCUGGAGACUUGGGAGGAGCAGCUCGAGCAACUUCGUAAGGAGCGCAGCGUCCGAACCAUCCAGCGUCAGAUCUCCGCCGUCCAGAUGGUCCAAUCACUGCGCGUCCUGGCCUUCAAGAACGGGGAGGGCUGGUUCGCUGAUGGGACGGUGCUGGUGGGAUCUAGUGUAUACGGGUUAUUGGAGCAGGCGACCCACCGUCUGAACCUGGCGAGCGCUGCCCGGCGGAUCUACACGGCAGACGGGAACCUGGUGCUGGACAUGAAGGAGCUCAUCGACUGGGCUGUCAGCGACUAUGAGGAACAGAUUAAAGAGGAACAGCAAGUAGCAACAAAUGGGGAGUCAGGAGAGUCUAAUGUUGAGGCAGUUCAGGCCUAUCUCCAUGAUGAGAAGGACCAGAGAGAGAUGACUCAGGAGGAGAACAGGAAGGAGGAGGGGGGAGGAGACACGAUGGAACAGCCCGAUGAGCCUGAGUUCACGUACCGUUACACCAACGACGACUUCGACUACUGCUGGGACGGCUUCGAACUUCCCGAAUCCAGCUUCACCUUCAGCUUCGAGGUCAAGGCCGCGAGCGACGCCCACAUUGCCCUGUCGGAGAGCAACGCCAACGAGGACGGGAUGUACGAGAUCGUGAUCGGGACCAUGAUGAACAGAAUGUCCGCCAUUCGCCAGUUCAAACACGAGGGCCUGCCGGACAUCAGGAUCACGCAGAGGACUCCCGAUAUCCUGUCCGCGACGGAGUAUCACAAGUUCUGGAUCAGCUACGACGGAAACGGGACGAUCGAAGUGCGGAGGGACGAGGAGGCGGACCCCAUCGUGCAGUGGACCGAUCCGAACCCCCUGCUUGUGAGAUAUGUGGGUUAUUCCACCGGACAUGGGUGUGACGGGGAGUGGCACUUCACCUUCAAAUCAGAUGAGGAUGAGUUAGAUGGAGGUGGGAGGAAGACAGAGGAUGACAACAUGGCUGACAGCUUCAAGAGAAUGGACAUACAGGAAAACACCACAAGAUCGACUCUCAGGGACAGGCCGUCCUCUGCGCAGGUUGGCGACCGCGAGCGGCGGGGAAGCGACAGCGGGACCCGACAGCGACACAGCAGCGUGGACGUGAACAUCCAGGAGCUGAUUCGGCACCCCAUCCCCGUCUGGGUGUCCUGUGGGGAACCCUUCAUCAGUCCCGAUGUUGUCGCGAGUCAGCGAGCGCUGGACCAGGUCCAUCGUGAGGAGCGGGAGAGUGUGCUGAAGGAGCUGCAGAAGGAGAAACACAUUCUGCACCAGAUGCAGGGUCGGCGGUACAAGGGCCUGUCCCACCCCAGGUUUGUCCCCACCACCAGCAGCAGGAACCCUGUGAUGCUGGAGGGGGGGUGGAUGGAGCCCACACGGGACGAGGUCACCAGGGAGGAGGCUGUGGAGAAACUGGAGACCCACCUGUCUGAAGUGAAGGCAGUUCAGAAGGUGGAGCGUAAGAAGGCAGGGGUGGGCCCUCGCACCGUCAGGACCAACAGGAAACUCUACGAGCAGCCGACCACGAAACGUGUGCUGGUGUACCCCAAUGGAGAGUCAGCGGACAAGGCUGUGUAUGCCUGGGGAGCCAACCUACCGCAGCUGCUUGAAUCCUGCACAAUUCGUCUGAAUCUGCAGAGAGCAGCACGGACACUGUACACUGCUGAUGGACAAAAGGUGCAAUCGUGGGAUGAUGUGGAGAGGGAUCAGCUGUUAUGUGUGUCCAGUGGAGAGGGUUAUAUGAACAACAAAGCCUCGAGACGGAAGGUUGAGGUGAAGGCGGCGUGGUCGAGAGCCAGGAAACAGGAAGGGAUGGAGGCGACCGAUGUGCUGAUGGUCACUCCGCGCUCUAACCCUAAAGUAGAGGUUGACCCGUACGGCCCCCCUAUCCUGGCCCUUCCGGCUCCAGGGGAGGGAGGCAGCAAAAGGAGACCCCCCCUCCCUCCUUCUGCUGGCAAGAGGAGGUAAAGCUCGGACACCCCCAAACUGCAGUGGUACUGCCCUGAUUUCACUCAGUUUCGGAUCAUUCCACGUCUAAAUGGGGACAAGAAAAUGAAAUAUUACUAGUAAAUCUAAGUCUAUUCAUCUACAUCAAAGAUAUCUCUUGUCUUUCCAAUUUAGGAUUUUGUAUGCCAACGGUAGGGCUGUAUAGAGAUGCUAGAAUUAGGCGACCUUCAAUACAUGUACAUGUAGCCAUUAUAAGCUAAUGAUGUACAUAGUUACAUGUAUACUGCCUGUAUACUGUGAUAGGAAUGCUUUGUUGUACAGAGGUUAAUGUAAGGUUGUUUUUUGAAGGACAUGUAUAUAGGUUUGCAUGUGUUAUAUCUGAAAUGAGGUAUGGUAAUAUAUUAGUACAAGUUAGGAAGAUAGGAAAGGGGAAUCUUUAAGCUGUAAAGUUAUCUUUCAAAAGUUACAAUAUAUACAAACAUUACUGUAACAAUGAUUGUAAUGUUUGUUAUUAGUACAAACUGCUUUGUGACAAUUUAGGGAACUGUCAUAGUGAUAAUAAUUUUGUACCUUUUACUGAUCUUAAUGUACCUCUUCUUCCAGACUAUUCCAUUGACCAUUUGAUAAUCAAACGUAUCAACCUUACAAUGUUUGUAGGACUCAAUCAUACUGCCACUAUGAAGUACAAACAUAUCAAAAGAACAUGACAUCUUAUUGCAUUAUUGCUAAGUAUUGCAUGGUAGGCAAUUUCAUUAAUGGAGGGCUUUAAUGAACCACUGUAGGGUAAAGUCUUUCAUUGUUAUGGAAUGGGUGCAGACAUGCAUCAAAGAAUAACAUUUGUGCUGCGUCAUGGCUUUGCAUGGUAAUACUGUAAAAUGCAGAAACUUUCACGAUGGUUUAAUGUUCGCGGUUUUCACCACGAACUUGUCUUGGGAGUGGUAAAGAAUACAAAUUUAUUAUGCUUUAACCCUAACACUAGAAAUGUGUUGUGUACAUUAUUGUACAUAGUAUAAAAUGCAUCAACUUCUGGAUUUAAAUGUGGAAAUGCAAUUUUGAAGGUAAACUGUGCAGCUACUUUUUGAAACUUUGUAUCAAUUAAUACUGUGUGUGCUUUCUCUACCAAUAUCUCAGCAUAUGACCUCUACACACCUGUAUACAAAAUUGCUUUGUUCCAUGUGCUUAGAAACUUUAAAUGAUUGAUAGUUCAAGGUUUAGUAGCUUGAACCAGUUGUUAUUAUCAACUAUAUGGUGGCUGAACUCCCCUGGCAAAUUAUUAUCCCUCUAGCAACAUACAAUGUAAAAUAUAGCUAGUCUUAAUCUCAUAGCCAUAGAGAAUAUAAAAUGUUCAUUAACAUCUGCUUCCAUUACUGUAUUCUAUGAUGCCAUACUGAUAACUUUCUUGCACAACAAUUGUGCAAAGUACAGAGCAUUGAAGCUAUACAGUUUCCUAAUCCUAAUUUCAGCAUGACCAACAGGUCUAUUUUGGGCCACUAUGCUACUUACAUGUAUGUACACAGGGGUUGCAAUGGUAAUCUCUUCUCACAGAAAGGCAACAACUGACUCAAUUCAGUUUUCUUUCCUUUUUUGUACUUGGAUAUGGGGAUGAUUCUAUUCUGUAAUGUUAUGUGUCUUACAGAUACCACGACACUAGGUAUAAUUAGGCACUAUACAAUGUCAAGUUUGAUUUUGCUAGCACUGAACUCACUGCAUCCACUUUGUUCCCAUUGUUACUUAAUAUAAACUGCUGCUAUUUUGUUUGAACUUGCAUCAUAAUGUAUUUCAGAGUAUAUAUAUUGUUUUAGAUUAAUUAACAUACAGCCACAGAUGAUUUGAAAUCGUAUUUCUUACAUAAUGUUAUAUUGUCAUCAUUGAUUGUAACUAUACGUGUAACUUAGAUAAGUUGAUAUAUAGGUUUCUAUGAUACGACUAUUGCUCACUCAGUUAUCACUUGUAAUCUUCUCUUUGACAUCCAAUUAUAUAGAGGGUUGAUAAAUACAUUUGUACAUCAAGCAAUAAAAGUACAUGUACAUUGUUGAAAAUU